GUCUUUUUCUCUCUCUUUUACGUUAACACACAUCACAGAUAAAACUCAAACAAAACCAUCUUAAGAGGAACGUGUUAUAAAACAAAUACGGUUUAUACAAAAAAAUUAAACGAUUUAAAUAAGGCUAAAGUCCGCCGUGCUGUCACAGGUAGACGCUCUCAAUUGGGCUAGUAUUAUAGUCGCGUGCGAAUGACGUAUUUAGGUGCGCUUUGUUUGGGAUUGCGAGCCCGCGGCAUUUAAGCCAAGCAGUUCAAACCGAAGAAAAGGCGAAUGUUCAAACUCUGCGAAUGUGUCAGAUCCCGACCACAAUUCUGGAAACAGCGGCGAGGAGCCCUGAAAAAGAGGAGAAUCCUUCCUGUCAGUUUCAUUGCACUUCUGAGAUGUCAGAUGACCUGAAGUAGUAAAAAGCCAACUUACAAGAGCAGUGCAAACACUGAGAAGAAGAAGAAAAAAAAUGGGGCGUUGAACAUGGUCUCUCUUAAAGUAGACCUCAUGGAGCGAAGAAUUUCCCACAUUAAGGAAGAGGACUGUGAGUGGGUGCCUGUUCCCUUUGCACAAGACAGUGCCUGCAGAAAGUGGGAUGAUGGUCAAGGUGGGACUUGUAAUUUUAAGGAGGAAGAAUCCGAGCGGCAGGCUGCUGGUGUUAAAGUGGAGCCUUCAGAUUAUUUUUCCGUUAGCCUUGAAAUGCAAAAACAUAAGCAAGUCCAUGUUUUUAAGGAAGAUACUCCUUCAGAAAAUGAUGCCAGUUCACAGACAUGCCCAGCAUUACAAUCCAAGACUACUUGGUUGGGGUCCCGAAGGAGGAGAAGAUGUCUAUCCCAGCUGCGUCUGAAGCCAGAGUCACUUAAGUUUGAGGACAAAUUCUCUGUGUGGGAGCAACAGCCUGAAAUAUCAGGUUUACAAGAAACCACCAGCUUCUACCAAUCAUCAUUUUCUCAGACCUCUCCUCUACACACGUCUGAACAGAAACAAUAUGGUGAAAAUAUUUGGAUGUCACCAUCUGGGUCAGAGACAUUGAUACCAGUUGAUUUGCAGUGUCAUUCUUUCCAUGAGAGAAAUUCACCAAACUCUGAAGAUGCCUGUGCUCAUCAGCAGGUGCAAAAUACAAAUCCAUUGGCAUCAUAUAUCUGCCAAGAAUGUGGUAAGAAUUUUAAAAGUAAAUUUGAUUAUAACGAUCAUCAGCAGGCCCAUAUGGAAGAGAAGCUACACUGCUGUUCUGAGUGUAAUAAGCAGCUGUCAUGCAUGAGCAGUCUUCAGAAGACACCGUAAAAUUCAUACAGGAGAGAAGCCAUAUUGCUGUUUUGAAUGCGGUAAACGAUUCUCAUGCAUAAGUAGCCUCCACAGACACCGAAAAAUUCAUACAGGGGAGAAGCCCUAUUGUUGUCCUGAAUGUAACAAACGGUUCUCACAGAUAAACCAUCUGAAGAGACACAUGCGGGUUCACACUGGAGAAAAGCCGCAUUCCUGUGCUGAAUGUGGCAAACGAUUUUCGGAGCUCAGCACUCUUCAUACACACAAGCGAGUUCACACAGGGGAGAAGCCACACAGCUGUCCAGAAUGUGGCAAACGAUUUUCUCAAAUCAAUCAUCUUGAGAGACACACUAGAGUUCAUUCUGGAGAGAAGCCGCAUUGUUGUUCUGAAUGUGGCAAGCGAUUCUCACAACUGUAUACUCUUCAUAUACACAAAAGAAUUCACACUGGUGAGAAGCCACAUUCCUGUUGUGAAUGUGGCAAGCGAUUCUCGUUACUUGGCAAUCUUCAAAGACAUAUGAGAAUUCAUACUGGAGAAAAGCCACAUUGUUGUACUGAAUGUGGCAAACGAUUCUCAAUACUUGGCGAUCUUCACACGCACACACGAGUACAUACUGGAGAGAAACCGCAUUGCUGUUGUGAAUGUGGGAAACGAUUUUCACUUCUUGGUGACCUUCAAAGACACUUGCGAAUUCACACUGGAGAGAAGCCCCAUAGCUGUCCAGAGUGUGGUAAGCGAUUCUCAAUUCUCAGCAACCUUCAAAGGCAUCGAAGAAUUCACACAGGAGAGAAGCCCUAUUCUUGUUCUGAAUGCAGCAAGCAAUUUUCAUGCUUAAGCAGUCUUCAGCGACAUACAAAAAUUCACACGGGUGAGAAGCCAUACUCCUGUUCUGAAUGUGGCAAGCAAUUCUCAACUAUCAGUAAUCUCACAAGGCACACAAAAACUCACACUGGGGAGAGGCCACAUACCUGUGCUGAAUGUGGUAAGCGAUUCUCACAAAUAAGUAGUCUGCAGAGGCACACACAAAUUCACAAAGGAGACAAACCACAUUGCUGUUCUGCAUGUGGGAAACAAUUUUUGACUAUCAGCAAUCUUAUAAGGCACACACAAGUUCACACACGGAAGAUUAAAAGAAAGGCUGUGCCAAAAAAGAAACACCUUGACUAACAAGUGAGGUCAGGCCAGUGUACAAGAUGUUAUCCUUAGAGCCAAAAAAAAAAAAUCUUGUUUGAGAUUCAAAUAACCCUGAACUGGUUAAGAUGGAUGAAUGGGCAGUUGUUGGAAGGUGCCAUUGUGACGUUCAUCAGUGCAAAACUAAUAUACAGCACAAUAAAUGACAAUGAAGCAUGUGCCAAUGAAGGAUAAGCAAAUUGUUUGACAUAAACAGCUGACUGUCAAAGAAAGUUGGGGUCACAUUCCUGUUUGCUCAUUUAGGCAAAAUGGGACACACCUAUUGGGUUUAAAACAAUAAGCUGAGGAGAGAUGGGUGGGCUUGUGUACAGUUGCCAUAUACAUUUUCAUUUAUUGAAUUCAAUGUACUUCAUAGUAAAUACAAAACCUCAAUUCUGAAAAAGUUGGGACAGCAUGGAAAAGCUAAAAAAGACAGAAAACUGUGACUUUUAAAUCCAAGUUGAAAACAGUAUAAUAACAUGGGAUUUCAUGUUUUCCCAUUGUAUGUUUAGUGUAAGUAAACUCUUCUUUUGAAAUUGGUGCUUAUAGAACAUUCCAGAAAUGUUGGGAAGAGCCCUUUUUUUUUUUUUUUUGGGAAUUGAGUUUUGUCAAUACUUUUCAGAAAUGUUAGGUAGGUUGUGUAAAGUGCUUUACCUUAAUGACCCAUCAUCAUUAUAAUGGAAGACUCCAUGUGUCCAUUUAGUUGGAAGAAAUUCCACAUCUAGCAUCUGAACAGUGAAUGUCAGUGCACGAAAAAGAAAUAUGUGAUGGAGAGGCUGCUUGUUGAUAAAAACAAAAAACAUCAGCUCGUCAUUCUCCACGUAGUCUCUUU